GGGGAGAUUAUGCUCUUGCAUACGAGUAGUCUAUUCUAUAAGAUGACUUGGAUAAUCUGGGAUGUUCUGAUAGAUAUUUACUUCCACUUGCAGCAAGAUCGAAAUGGGUAGAUACAGGGUGCAAAAGAAGCUUGUCGUAAAGCAUCAAUCAAUGAUCGCUUAAGCUUUCAUAAGUUAUAUAUAUCCUCUCGGUAACUUCAACCUCAACUGGUCCCCUGGAAGAGCUCUGGGGACUCGUUUUCCUUUUGGAAUAUUUAGAUACAUGAUAUUUUGCCUCCAUGAGCCCCUUUUGCCUCCUAAACUGAUCUGUCACACUAGAAUUCGAUACGUCAAGUUGAUCAUUGAGUUCAAUGUCUCCGUCUCUCUGCUCAUUGGCAGUCUGCAGUCAUUCUGUUCACAGAAACAGAAUGAAUCCUCAUACUGCCUCAACAUAUUUACUCGCCCCUCAGUCUUAUUCGAUGAAAACCACGGAAUCUACAUCCGUCCAUCCAGCGCUGAGCAUUUGAUCUGGACGGUCGCUUCAUCGCUUCAUCUCAGUGAUACAGCCAAUUCUGCUGUUGUGAUCUUCAAGAAACUUCUGGAUGCACUUACAGGGCUACCAAUCAUUGGCCCCUGGAGGAAUGUCUACUAUCUUGGGCUAGGUUUCGAGGCAUCUUCGCUGUGUAGAUGCGAUCCGCUCAUUGGCCAGAACACUCCCCCAUCGAAUCGAUCGAACGUCGCCUUACGUCUUGAUAUGGCCAACAACUUCAAUAAUGGCGACUACUACGGCAAUACUCCAUUCCCUAUGGCUCCCACGACCUCUGGUAGCCAGUCCAACACCUCUCAUCCCGCCCUUGACUGUAGCAACGCCGAGAUGAUGAUGACAUUUGCGCCUUUGGAUCCCCUCCGAAUGGGGGACUUUCCUUUCUCUGAAUCUCAUGGGUCAGAUAUGCUGUUGAGCAGCAUGUCAGCCGACGAGCUGCUGGCUUCUGGCUCGUCUCUUCCCGCGGCCCCUGCGCCGUUGGCUGACCAUCUGUCCGAUGCGUUGUUCGCGUAUGACCCGCUCUCUAGCAUGGGGAACUCCGUGCCCAUGGCAGUGGACACAGCAAGUGCAUUUGCAUACGACCCUUCUUCCGUAUACCAACAACCCUCCUUGAUGUUUGAACAGACCUUCAAUGGGCAGUCGAUGCAGCAGCGGCUUCCUUCAUUUCAGAACCAGACCAUGAGCCUAGACCCAACUGCCUCCUACUCUUCUACCUUGCAAGCGCAUCCAUCGAGCAGCAACUCCUACUGUACAUCCUCGGUUGAUGCGAAGGACAGCACCAACAUGGCCCAAACCACGUCCAUGGCCCGCAGAUCAACCAACGCUUCGAAAUCGACUGAUUCUUCACGAAGCCAGCAGUUACCGCACAGGCGACGCCAGCUUCUUCAGGCCCUACAACACAAGUUUCUUCUCACCACGUGGACUGACAUGGAAUUUUACACAGCUUCAAUAAAGUCGGCGACCACCGGUGAGAUCACUCCUUAUAACAGCAUAUAUUCGAGCAGCGGCAUUGACAUGAUGAGUAUAUUGGCCGAGGUUGUGUCAAGACCCGACCCCAAGAUUGACAUCGGCGCUGUUGAUUUGUCAUGUGCAUUUGCAUUGUGUGACAUCCACCAGGAGGAUCAUCCUAUCAUUUAUGUAUCGGAGGCUUUUGUGCGGCUGACCGGUUACACUGAGGGGGAGAUUGUUGGCCAGAAUUGUCGUUUUCUUCAGGACCCCAGUGGUGUGGUCCAGCAGGGCAUGCCCCGGAAGUUCGUCGAUCAACAUACCGCAUUUCGAUUGCGGUCUACAAUAGAGCACCGUGGAGAGAUCCAGGCCACCAUCAUCAACUACAGAAAGGGCGGUCAGCCAUUCAUGAAUCUGAUCACAAUGAUUCCUGUCCGGUGGAAUUCGCCUGAUUACCGAUUCUAUGUCGGGUUCCAGGUCGAUCUCGUGGAAAAGCCUGAUGCCAUCAAAAUGAGGAAUCCAGAUGGUACUUACAUGAUUAACUACCAACGGAAGCAGCUGCCUAAUUACGUGGCGCCUCCCCCGGACAUCUAUAAGUUGCAUCCGGACCUUGCCACAUACUUUAGUCACGACCAGGUCUCGACGAUACUGGACAACUUGGGCACUCCUGACCAUAGCUACCAGCGGUAUCUGGACCGCGUUCUAGUCGAGAACACCGACGAUGUCAUUCAUGUACUCUCUUUCGAGGGUGAAUUGUUGUACCUAUCUCCAUCUUGUCGAAAGGUCCUCGAGUACGAUUCAAAUGAGUUGAUUGGCAAGACACUAUCGACGAUCUGCCAUCCCAGUGAUAUCGGUCCUGUCAUACGCGAUCUCCGAUCCUGCACCAACUCCGACCCGGUCAGUGUCAUGUACCGCGUCCGGACGAAGUAUAGCGGGUACAUGUGGUUCGAAAGUCACGGCUCGUGGCACAUCGGCGACCGCGGCCGGCAAUAUAUGGUGAUGAUCGGCCGGGUCUGUCCCGUGUAUCGGCUGGACCAGCUCGCAAACAUUGGCGAUGGCCGGUUAGCCGAGAACGAUCUGUGGGCCAAGCUCUCGAUCUCUGGCAUCAUUCUCUUCAUGUCCUCGAAGGCUCGGCCAGUGCUCGGCCGAGUGCCCGAUGAUCUGGUCGGUAAAGGCAUGCAGGACCUGAUCCCAGCCGAUGCCCGGAUGGAUGCAAAACAGGCUUUAGAGGUGGCUCGGACUGGCCAGCAGACGAGCUUUAACCAUAAAAUACGGCACAAAAAGGGUCACAUGUUGCAGGCCCAAACCACAUUGUACCCUGGAGACACCAAAGAAGGGGAGAAACCUUCAUUCUUGGUCGCGCAGCUGCGUUUUCCCAAAUCACCGCAGACUGCUCAAGGGACGGAAGAGGUUGUACCUGCAAAUAUCACCGCUACCUUUUCCAGGGACAUUAGUGUCACAGGAAGAAGAAACGUCACUGCGGCAGGCCAAACGACUUCCGACAAGUCGGCAAUGGGUUCAUCCGGUGACCAAUACGUGCCGGCUCUCGAUGAACCAAUACUGUUCGCCGAGUUGAACACGGCACGAGGUUCAAGCUGGCAAUUCGAGCUCCGCGAACUGGAGAAACAGAACCGCACCCUAUCCGACGAGGUCCAGCGGCUCCUUGCGCGGAGGAAGAAGCGCAAGAGAAAGCAGAGCAUUGUUCCCGUCGAAAAGACCUGCGCCAUGUGCCAGACCCGCACCACGCCUGAAUGGCGUAGAGGGCCCAGUGGCAAUCGCGAUCUUUGCAACAGCUGUGGGCUACGAUGGGCCAAGCAGGUCCGCAAUGCCAUACAGCAAAAAGCCCCAGCCACUUAAGACUCCAUCUACUUCUCUCUACAAUUCGUUCUUAUCAUGCAAUUUAUCACGAACCUCAAUUGCAAGCGUUCUGUCUGGUCUCGUUUUCCGUUUUCUUAACUUUCGUGCGGUAUCUUAGAAGCGGAUGAUCUUUCAAGGGUUUCAGCAGGCAUGGGCGUCGACGGGCCAUAUAUAACGACUACACUAUAUGAUCGGAUUAGCUUGGUUUGGGGCACGGAGUUGGAUGAACUCUCAAUAACGACAUGACUUAUGAUGAGUGUAACAGUACGACACAUGUGUUUUCGGGCGAACCGGCUGGAAGAAACAGAAGCAGCCGAAAAGUUACGACUUUGGUCUCGGAUAAUUAUUUUUCAUAGAAACAAUCAAGCCAUUGCAAACGAUGGGCCUGUCAUUCGAUUCCGUGAUGUUUCGAGUAAAUCACGAACGGGGAAGGCGUUCUUUUCGGUUCUAGUCCAUAUCACGCGCUAG